ACUCCCAUCAGUCCUCCUCUCAUCGUCAUUCUCGAUAACUUCACUACACCAAACACAACCGAACAAUGCCGCCGCUUCCAUCUAGUUUCGACGCAUACGAUGCGGAAGACCGAGCGAAGAAACUCACAGGCUUCCAAAAGCUCUGGUAUAAAUGCAAAGAGCAGCCACUCGUACCGCUCGGCGUCUUCGCGACCAUCUUCGCGUUGACAAAGUCCGCGCUGUCACUCAAAGCAGGCAACUCGCGAAAGGCGAAUAAAUUCUUCACCGCGCGUGUCGUGGCCCAGGGCUUCACCCUCGUCGCGCUCGUGGGUGGGUCGGCGUAUAUGAACAGUAAGGAUAGCAAGACGCAGGCUGAAAUUGAUGCCGAGAAGGCUGCGAGAAGAAAGAAAUUGUGGCUUGAGGAGCUCGAGCGGAGAGCUGGCACUUCAAAGAGCUAGAGGAUGCUGAAUCAUUAUGUUGAAUGUUUAGGGGACUCUGUGGUUUUGGUUGCACUCUGUGGCUUUAUUUUCCAUCAUUUCAUAUC